AUGGGACUCUUCUCUGCGAGCGCGUGGCCCCUUCGGCACCGAGUGCGCACUGCUGGCUGGGUCUCAGCCACUUUCUGCAUCUGCAGGACCCCCACUUUGAAACUGCUCACUCAGAGAAGAUGUGGAGGAUUUAACCGACGUGCGUUUCCACUGACGCGGUCAUUCUGCUCAAACAAACCACCAAAAGGUGAGAAAAAUAAAGAGAAGGAGUCUGUCGGAAGGGACAAGCAAGAAGCAAACGAUGAUGGAUACAAAAAAAGAGGAGAGAAAAAGGAGGAUUCUCAUUGGUGGACACGAUUUCAGAAAUAUUUUCCAUUUGACAAAAAGGCCGUGCAGAACCUUGCAGUGGGUGCAGCCGGCAUGGCCACCGCCUUCCUGUACUUUCACUUCCGAGGAGUUGGGGUCCAGAUCUCCUGGAAGGAUUUUGUGCACCGUUUCUUGAGCAGAGGCUUGGUUGGUCACAUCGAGGUCGUCAAUAAACAGUAUGUCAAAGUGUUCCCAGCCGAUGGAGUGAACUCAUCAGAAGUGAACUAUUUGUGGUUUAACAUUGGCAGUGUGGACUCGUUUGAACACAACUUGGAUUUGGUUCAGCAGGAAAUGGGUCUGGACUCCACGCAGAAAAUACCCGUCCUCUACACCAGUGAAAGUGAUGAAACAAUUUUUUUAAGGGUCUUCCCAACCUUACUCCUGGUGGGCUUUUUGUUUUUUGCGAUGCGGCAGGGACCGAUGGCCGAAGUGUUUGGGGGCAGUUUAAGAGGAAACCCUUUCAGGAUGAGUGAAUCCAAAAUCAAGAUUAUUAAAAACAGCAUCAGUGUUCGUUUUAAGGAUGUGGCAGGGUGUGACGAGGCCAAGCAAGACAUUCUGGAGUUUGUCAACCUCCUAAAGAACCCAAGUCAGUAUCAUGACUUGGGAGCCAAGACCCCAAAGGGAGCUUUGUUAUCAGGUCCACCUGGAACGGGGAAGACUUUGCUGGCCAAGGCCACAGCAGGAGAGGCCGACGUCCCCUUCAUCACAGUCAGCGGCUCAGAGUUCCAGGAGGUUUUUGUUGGUGUGGGCCCUGCAAGGAUAAGAGAUGUGUUUGCCACAGCUCGCAAGAUCGCCCCUUGCAUCGUUUUCAUCGAUGAGAUUGAUGCAGUCGGCAGGAAAAGAGGCAAAGGGAAUCUCGGCACCCAAAGUGAGCAGGAAAACACUCUGAACCAGUUACUUGUGGAAAUGGAUGGAUUUAAUAGUAGCUCCAAUGUCGUGGUGUUAGCUGGCACCAAUCGAGCUGAUGUCCUCGAUCCUGCUCUGAUGAGGCCAGGACGCUUUGAUCGACAUAUAUAUUUGGGUCUGCCUGGUAUAAAAGACAGAGCGUCCAUCUUUAAAGUGCAUCUGAGACCUUUGAAGCUGGACCCCAAUUUAAAUGUAGAAGCUUUAUCCAGGAAAUUAGCUGCACUCACUCCAGAUCUUACUGGAGCUGAAAUAGCUAAUGUUUGUAAUGAAGCGGCACUGAGAGCUGCACGUCACCUCAACAGGUGUGUCGACACUGAGCACUUUGAGCAGGCAGUGGAGCGGGUCAUCGGUGGUGUGGAGAAGAAGGCUCAGAUGCUGCAGCUACUAGAAAAGACCACCGUGGCGUACCAUGAGGCCGGUCACGCUGUUGUCGGCUGGUUUCUCGAGCAUGCAGACCCACUGAUGAAGGUGUCCAUUGUUGCUCGAGGAAAAGGUUUGGGUUAUGCUCAGUACUUACCAAAGGAACAGUACCUGAUGACCCAGGAGCAGCUGUUUGACAGAAUGUGUAUGACGCUCGGCGGUCGAGUGGCUGAGCAGGUUUUCUUUCAACAGAUCACCACCCGAGCACAAGAUGAUCUCAGGAAGGUCACACAGUCAGCGUACGCACAAGUAGUCCAGUUUGGAAUGAAUGAGUUGGUGGGUCAGGUUUCUUUUGACCUCCCCCAGGAGGAACACAUGGUCACAGAGAAGCCCUACAGUGAGUCUGCAGCGCAGCUCAUAGACCAGGAAGUUCGUUCGCUCGUCGACACCGCCUUCCAACGGACACUUCGGCUUGUCGUUGACAAGAAAGAAAUGGUAGAAAAGGUGGCGAAACGUCUCCUGGAGGUAGAGACUCUUGGCAGAGCCGACAUGUUGGAGCUUCUGGGACCGCGACCCUUUCAGGAGAAGUUCUCAUACGAGCAGUUUGUUGAAGAUUUGGGAUAUUUUGAAAUCAAAAACCGAAGUGCUGAAGAGGCUGAAGUAAAGAAAUCCACUCUUUCCCUAGGCCAGACACCUGCUGAAUCUGACUUCCAAAUCUUGGAAAUCGCCCGUAAACUGGAAAUGUACGGUGUCCGCUUCCACCCAGCAGCCGAUCGCGAGGGCACCAAAAUCAACCUGGCUGUGGCUCACAUGGGGCUUCAGGUUUUCAGGUAA